AUGGAUUAGGUAAUGCAGUUUGUUGAGCCAAGUUGACAGUUUGUGAAGGACUCAGUUCGGCUGGUUAAAAGAUGCACCAAACCCACCGAGAAAGAAUUCCAGAAGAUUGCCAUGGCCACAGCAAUAGAAUUUACUAUCAUGGGAUUCAUUGGCUUCUUUGUGAAACUGAUCCAUAUCCCCAUCAAUAACAUUAUUGUGGGUGACUGAGUCUUUUCUCAAUCAUGAGAACUA